GAAAGCGAGUCAUUGUCAGAUCCUCAAAAAUAUUGCCUAUCACACAAUGCCCGAGAACUCGAACCCUAAACAUCGAGCGGGACGCCGGCUUCUGAAAUCCACAGCUUAUCAUUUUCAUUUGCUGUGCAUUUCAUCAUGGAAAAUCUCUAACAUCCAAAGGUGAUGCACGGAUAGCAAUUCAAGUUCUGGAUUGAACAAAUCAACUUGAAAGAAAAUGUAUCUCUACAAUCUUACUCUUCAGCGUGCCACUGGCAUCAUUCAGGCUGUGCAGGGGAACUUCAGUGGAACCAAGCAGCAAGAGAUUGUCAUUGCAAGGGGUAAGGUGCUUGAGAUUGUCAAGCCAGACCCCAACACUGGUAAAGUGCAUACACUCCUCAGUUGUGAAGUAUUUGGCAUCAUCAGAUCCAUCAUUAGUUUCAGGCUGACUGGAGGAAACAAGGAUUAUGUUGUGGUUGGAUCAGACUCUGGUCGAGUUGUCAUCUUGGAAUACAAUGCCGCUAAAAACGUGUUCGAGAAGGUGCAUCAGGAGACGUACGGGAAGAGUGGUUGUCGUCGUAUUGUGCCCGGACAGUAUUUGGCUAUCGAUCCCAAAGGCCGUGCUGUUAUGAUCAGUGCCAUUGAAAAGCAGAAGCUAGUUUACAUUCUGAAUCGUGACGCUCAAGCACAUUUGACCAUUUCUUCACCCCUCGAGGCCCACAAGUCAAACACGCUUGUCUACAACAUCGUGGGUGUCGAUGUCGGUUUCGAAAAUCCCGUUUUUGCCUGUCUCGAAAUGGAUUAUGAGGAAGCUGAUGGUGAUCAUACCGGCGAAGCAGCUCAGAAGACACAGCAAACCCUAACGUUCUACGAACUCGACCUUGGAUUGAAUCACGUCGUGAGAAAAUACAGUGAACCAUUAGAAGAACACGCAAAUUUUUUGAUCACCGUUCCGGGUGGUAAUGAUGGCCCUUCGGGUGUCCUAGUUUGUUCUGAGAACUACAUUACCUACAAGAAUUUGGGGGAGCAGCACGACAUUCGUUGUCCAAUCCCAAGGAGAAGGAAUGACCUGGAUGAUCCUGAACGGGGCAUGAUAUUUGUCUGUUCAGCGUCACAUCGCACCAAAGCCAUGUUCUUUUUCCUUGUCCAAACGGAACAGGGCGAUAUUUUCAAGAUUACCAUGGAUAUGGAUGAGGAGGUUGUGAGGGAGUUGAAAAUCAAAUACUUCGACACCGUUCCCGUUUCUUCUAGCAUGUGCGUGUUGAAAACGGGAUUUCUUUUCGUGGCCUCCGAGUUUGGCAACCAUUACCUUUAUCAGAUUGCGCAUUUGGGGGACGACGACGAUGAACCUGAGUUCAGCUCUAAUAUACCAUUAGAAGAGGGGGAUACAUUCUUUUUCGCUCCAAGGCCGUUGAAAAAUCUGGUCCUGGUAGAUGAAAUGGAAUCUUUGUCGCCCGUUUUGACCUGCCAUAUAGCUGAUCUUGCAAACGAAGAUACGCCUCAGCUGUAUGCGCUGUGCGGUAGGAGUGCCCGCUCUUCUCUACGUGUGUUGCGUCAUGGGUUGGAAGUAUCUGAGAUGGCCGUUUCUGAACUUCCCGGCAACCCUAACGCAGUAUGGACUGUCAGAAAGCGCGCCGACGACGAGUUCGAUGCUUACAUUGUUGUCUCAUUCGUGAAUGCCACGCUGGUGUUGUCUAUCGGUGAAACGGUCGAGGAAGUGACGGAUUCCGGGUUUUUGGGAACUACUCCAACCCUUGGCUGUUCUUCUUUGGGGGAUAAUGCGUUGCUUCAGGUCUAUCCCGAAGGAAUUCGACACAUUCGAGCAGACCGGAGAAUUAAUGAAUGGAAAUCACCUGGCAAACGGGCGAUUUCUCGGUGUGCUGUCAAUCAACGGCAAGUCGUUAUUUCCUUGGCUGGAGGGGAAUUGGUCUACUUCGAGAUGGAUCCAACUGGUCAACUUAAUGAGUAUACAGAGCGCAAGGAAAUGACGGCGGAAGUUGUGUGCAUGGCUUUGGCCAAUGUUCCAUCAGGCGAGCAGCGGUCACGUUUCUUAGCUGUCGGUUUGGCAGACAACACUGUCCGUGUGAUCUCGUUGGAUCCUAAUGAUUGUCUUACACCACUGAGCAUGCAAGCAUUGCCAGCUACCCCCGAAUCUCUGUGUAUUGUGGAGAUGGGUGGUCAUGACAAGGAUGCCGAGAGCACGGGAACUUCUGGACAGCUUUUCCUUAAUAUCGGUCUGCAGAAUGGUGUUCUGUUGAGGACUGUGUUGGAUCCAGUGACGGGGGAUUUAGCUGACACCAGAACACGGUACCUUGGUUCAAGACCAGUUAAGCUUUUCCGUGUCAUGACGCAGAACCACGAGGCCGUUCUUGCUAUAUCGUCACGUACAUGGCUGAGUUAUUACUUCCAGAACCGAUUCCAUCUUGCGCCCUUGUCGUACGACUCGCUGGAAUUUGCUUCAGGAUUCGCAUCUGAACAGUGUCCGGAGGGUGUCGUUGCCAUUGCAUCUAAUACUCUCCGCAUUUUGGCGCUGGAGAAACUGGGCGCGGUUUUCAACCAAGUUUCUUAUCCGUUGGAGUAUACCCCUAGGAAGUUUGUUGUCCACGAUUCUGGCCGUAUGAUCAUAAUCGAAACGGACCACAAUGCAUACACAGAAGAAACAAAACUCGAAAGGAAGCAACAAAUUGCACAAGAGAUGAGGGAUGCUGCCACGGAAGAGGAGCAAGAGUUAGCGCAUCAGAUGGCCGAUGCUUUCCUGAAUGAAGACUUGCCUGAAAGCGAUUUCGGUGCUCCGAAAGCCGGUGCAGGCAUGUGGGCGUCUAUCAUCCGUAUAAUGGACCCUACCAGCGGCAACUCUCUGCACGUCAUUCGCCUGCCACAGAAUGAAGCUGCAUUGAGUAUUGGGCUUGCGCGUUUUAUGAACCAGGACCCGGAAGAUUACUUCGUACUAGUUGGUGUUGCCAAAGAUCUUAAGUUAAAUCCCAAACAAUGUGACGGAGGAUUCAUCUACACAUACAAGUUGAUUAACGAUUGGUCGGCACUUGAAUUAAUUCACAAAACGCCAGUUGAAGAUACUCCCUACGCCAUAUGCGCCUAUCAGGGCCGAGUUUUAAUCGGUGUUGGUCGGCUACUGAGGCUUUACGACAUGGGCAAGAAGAAAUUGCUGCGGAAAUGCGAAAAUAAACAUCUGCCUAGCUGCGUCGUUAACAUUCAAGCUCUCGGCCAGAGGGUGUAUGUAGCUGAUGUUCAGGAGAGUAUCCACUUCGUCCGCUAUAAACGCAUGGAAAAUCAGCUGAUUAUAUUUGCCGAUGACACGCAUCCGCGUUAUGUCACGACCAUGUGUCUGUUGGAUUAUGACACUGUUGCUGUGGCGGACAAAUUCGGCAACAUCUCAGUGUUGCGAUUGCCACCACGGACUUCAGACGACGUGGAUGAGGAUCCUACAGGAAACAAAUCUUUUUGGGAUCGUGGUGUACUUAACGGGGCGUCCAACAAGGCCGAAGUAUUAUGUAACAUCCACAUAGGCGAGACAGCCCUGUCUCUGCAGAGAGCGACACUCAUUCCUGGCGGGUCAGAAUCACUUGUCUACACGACGCUGUCUGGUUCAAUAGGCGUUCUGGUUCCUUUCACAUCAAGAGAGGAUCAUGAUUUCUUCCAAGCCCUAGAAAUGCACUUAAGGACUGAAAACCCACCACUGUGUGGGCGCGAUCACUUAGCGUUUAGAUCCUUCUAUUUUCCAGUCAAGAAUGUAAUCGACGGCGAUCUUUGCGAACAGUUUAACUCGAUCGAUUCAAGUAAACAAAAGGCGGUAGCCGACGAUCUCGACCGUGCUCCAAAUGAAGUGUCUAAGAAACUGGAAGACAUUCGUACACGAUAUGCUUUUUAAAACCUUUGUAAUGUAAAAUGUUGGCGUAAUACAACGGUUCGUAUAACGUCUAAAA